CGCGACACAGCAGACAAUUCCUGAUACGGGGCAUGCAUUCAGAGUUCUCCCACAAAGGAGCAGUCCAUGUAUUCAAGUGGGAUCUUCCAGUAUCCAUGCAGUCAAAAACCCCCUAGCACAAGGAGUACAAUGGAGUCAAACGACAUGUUCCCGUCAUACUAUCCUGUAGCUUUUUGACUUGAGGAUAUUUAAAGCUCCUCACUGGACGUCUCAUGGUUGUUCUCACCCCAGCAAGUUAGAUAUAUAUUAUCGUUAUGGCUUCCAACAAGGCUAUCCAGCGGCUUCGGUCUUAUGCCAAUGUCCCAUCGCACCAGCUUACUGCGCCGCAGGUUUCAUGCUACGCAGGCAGACAUGCGCACGCCGAUGACUGCAGACUAUGUGGACACGCCAUCUUUGAUCUCGAUUAUGCUGAUCGGUGUGGCCAGUGUGGGCGAUUCUUCCACCAGCAUUGCAUCGAGAGACUUCAGCAGUCCGAGGCAAGGAACGGAACUCCUAUUGCUUUAGGCUGCCCGCAAUGCGGGACACUUUGGAAUAGUGCGAUAGUUGACCGUUGUCGUUAUCGUAAGUCUGGAGACACGUAUAUCUGUGAGGGUGGGGACCGGUGUGAAUUCGCCACAAGAGAUAGAGAGACAUUGGAUCUUCACUACUGCAGGAAUCAUGGAGACACCCGAGAAUCUGAAAGCGGCAGAGUCCAGCAAGAUAUGCCAGGGCAAAACCCGGUCCCUUGUCCGCAUUGUCUCCGAAGAUUCGCCUCUCAGGAAGGCUUAAAUCAUCACAUGGACAUGGCACACCCUGAGUUUCGUACCGCUGAGCUUCGUCGUGACGAUCGUAGCGAGCGUCGUGAGUAUCGUAAUGAGCGUCGUGAAUAUCGAGGUGAUCGUCGCAAUUGUGACAGUCUAGAGUUUCAUCACCACUGUCCGCAUUGCUCCCGAAUAUUCUACAAUGAGCGUGGCCUGAAAUCACACGUAAGCGACAUGCACGCUGACGAAAUUCGCCUUAAGCCAACUUCUCAAGCCCCGUGGCCUUGUUCAUAUUGUUCCCGGAGAUUUACCAAUCAGCGUGGCGUGAGCGCACACAUUGGCAACAUGCACCCUGAGGUUAUUCGUCGCUGUGAGCAAGGGUCUCAUCCCGGAGCAGGGUUCGCAGAGCCAACCGUGAAGAACAUCUGUCCUUGGUGUUUGCAAGGGCCCGUUCCCAGGCCUGAGGACCUUACAACACACGUCGGGACUCAGCAUUAUUAUGACACCCUGACGUGUCCGUUCUGUGCAAAGCAAUGCUACAGCCGGGGGAAACUUGAGAAACAUAUGACGCUGGAUCAUGACUACUAA